UAACAAAGAAAAAUAUGCAGAAAAACAGAUAAUAUUGGAAGUCCAGAAGAACAGAGGGCUGAGAGAAUAAGAGUGCAAAGUUUAGGGUUUGUCUUUGCGGCAUGAGUCACCGGGGAAUGGACCGCGACGACGACGACGAUGACGAUUAUAUGGAAGACGAGCAGGUCGCAGACUUCGACGAAGAGGAUGACCGCCGGGGGCGCGGUGGCGGCAGUAGGAAGCGCAGAAGAUCUGGUUUUAUUGACGAUGACGCUGAGGAGGUAGAUGAGGAUGAGGAGGAGGAGGAUGACGAUGAUGAGGAUUUCGAUGCCCGAGGGGGUCGCAGGCGCCAAUACAAGAAGGUUUCCGCUUCUAAUUUUUUUGACGAGGAGGCCGUGGUGGAUAGCGACGAGGAAGAGGAAGAGGAAGAAGGCGAGGACGACUUCAUUGUUGAGGGUGGAGCCGAUCUACCAGAAGAAGAUGAUGGGAGGAGGAUGCGGAAUAGGCGAAUGCUGCCACAUCACCAAGAAGAUCAUGAAGAUCUUGAAGCUGUGGCCAGAAGCAUCCAGGAACGUUAUGGAAGGCGCCUAACGGAUUAUGAUGAAGAAACAACAGAUGUAGAACAACAAGCUCUUUUGCCGUCUGUGAGAGAUCCAAAGCUUUGGAUGGUCAAAUGUGCAAUUGGACGUGAAAGAGAAACAGCCGUUUGCCUCAUGCAAAAGUACAUAGAUAGAGGAUCUGAAUUGCAAAUAAGAUCAGCUAUUGCUCUUGAUCAUCUAAAAAACUAUAUAUACGUGGAAGCAGAUAAAGAAGCCCAUGUAAGAGAGGCUUGCAAAGGUCUACUCAAUAUAUUUGGCCAAAAAAUAACUCUUGUCCCAAUCAGAGAAAUGACUGAUGUUCUGUCAGUUGAAAGCAAAGCAAUUGAUCUUGCUAGAGAUACUUGGGUUAGAAUGAAGAUCGGGACAUAUAAAGGGGACCUUGCCAAAGUAGUGGAUGUUGAUAAUGUGAGGCAGAGGGUUACUGUCAAAUUAAUUCCAAGGAUAGACCUACAAGCUCUUGCAAAUAAAUUGGAAGGUAGGGAGGUUGUGAAAAAGAAGGCUUUUGUUCCUCCCCCUCGAUUUAUGAAUGUUGAUGAAGCAAGGGAACUGCAUAUCCGUGUGGAGCAUCGACGAGACCCAUAUGGUGAACGUUUUGAUGCAAUUGGGGGCAUGAUGUUCAAAGAUGGUUUCUUAUACAAAGCUGUCUCAAUAAAAUCCAUCCGUACUCAGAACAUCAAACCUAUUCUUGAUGAGUUGGACAAAUUUCGUAAAGAGAGUGGAGAUGGUGAUGUUUCUAGUCUUUCAACUUUGUUUGCGAACAGGAAGAAAGGACACUUUAUGAAAGGUGACGCCAUCAUUGUUGUAAAGGGUGAUUUAAAGAAACUUAAGGGAAAGGUGGAGAAGGUGGAUGAAGAUAACGUCCAUAUAAGACCAGAAAUAAAGGAACUUCCCAAAACUAUUGCUAUAAAUGAAAAGGAGCUUUGUAAAUAUUUUGAGCCUGGAAACCACGUCAAGGUUGUUUCUGGUGCUCAAGAAGGGGCUACGGGCAUGGUUGUGAAGGUCGAGCAGCAUGUCUUGAUUUUGAUAUCCGAUACAACAAAAGAGCAUAUUCGAGUAUUUGCAGAUGAUGUUGUAGAAAGUUCAGAAGUAACGACUGGAGUUACUAGAAUUGGGGACUAUGAACUCCGUGAUCUUGUAUUGCUUGAUAAUAUGAGCUUUGGUGUAAUAAUACGUGUAGAAAGUGAGGCAUUUCAGGUUCUAAAGGGGAUUCCUGACAGACACGAAGUUGUGCUGGUUAAAUUAAGAGAGAUCAAAUGUAAGAUAGAUAAGAAAAUAAGUGAGCAAGAUAGGUAUAAGAAUACAGUUUCAUCAAAGGAUGUUGUCCGGAUUGUUGAUGGUUCCAGUAAAGGGAAACAAGGUCCUGUGGAACACAUAUAUAGGGGAAUAUUGUUCAUCUUUGAUCGCCAUCAUCUUGAACAAGCAGGCUUUAUAUGUACUAAGGCCCAAUCAUGUGUGGUAGUGGGGGGUUCACGCUCCAGUGGUGACAGAAAUGGUGAUGCCUACUCAAGAUUUCCCACUCUUAGAAGCCCAAGUCGUAUUCCACCAUCCCCAAGGAGGUUUCCUCGUGGAGGGCCAAUGGAUUCUGGAGGGAGACAUAGGGGUGGGAGGGGGCAUGACGGUUUGGAAGGUACAACUGUUAAAGUGCGUCAGGGUCCAUAUAAAGGUUAUCGUGGUCGUGUUAUAGAUGAUAAAGGCACUUCAGUUCGUGUUGAGCUUGAAUCUCAAAUGAAGGUUGUAACAGUUGACCGCAACCAUAUAUCUGACAAUGUUGCUAUAACUCCAUAUCGUGAUACAUCUCGCUAUGGAAUGGGAAGUGAAACCCCAAUGCAUCCUUCUCGGACUCCCCUACACCCAUAUAUGACUCCAAUGAGAGAUCCUGGAGCAACACCUAUUCAUGAUGGAAUGAGGACACCUAUGCGUGACCGAGCAUGGAAUCCAUAUACUCCAAUGAGUCCUCCAAGGGACAACUGGGAAGAUGGAAAUCCAGGCUCUUGGGGAGCAAGUCCACAGUAUCAGCCUGGAAGCCCUCCAUCACGACCAUAUGAAGCCCCGACUCCUGGUGCUGGUUGGGCUAGCACACCUGGUGGAAAUUAUAGUGAAGCUGGAACACCUCGGGACAGUUCUGCCUAUGCUAAUGCUCCAAGCCCGUAUUUACCAUCAACACCUGGGCAGCCUAUGACACCAAGUUCAGCAUCUUAUCUUCCAGGCACUCCUGGAGGACAGCCCAUGACUCCAGGCACAGGUGGUAUGGACAUGAUGUCUCCAGUUUUAGGUGGGGACAAUGAAGGCCCAUGGUUUAUACCAGAUAUAUUAGUCAAUGUACACAGGGCCGGAGACGAAUCUGUUGGAGUUAUAAGAGAGGUUCUUCCGGAUGGCUCGUACAAGGUAGCUCUUGGAUCUAGUGGUAAUGGUGAAACGAUUACCGCCCUUCCGAAUGAAAUGGAGGCUGUGGUACCAAGAAAAUCAGACAAAAUAAAGAUUAUGGGUGGGGCAUUACGUGGUGCCACUGGCAAGUUGAUUGGUGUAGAUGGUACUGAUGGAAUUGUAAAGGUAGAUGACACGUUGGAUGUCAAGAUUUUAGACUUGGUUAUUUUGGCAAAAUUAGCUCAACCAUGAUAAGUUUAUGUAGAGAUGGUACUUAAUGCCAUAUCCUCUUUUUGUCUCAA